CUCCUCGUUCCUGACCCGCCCUGCGGGUUUCCCUGUGCCACUGCGGUGAAACCAACGGUAAAAGAGGAUCUGGUUUAAAAAGUAAACAACAACCUGAAUAUCACGAGCGAGACCCCCCGGUUUAUAUAGUUUUUUUUCUUUCCGUUCACAUCUCCGGGUCAACCUAUUUCAUCAUCCAACCGGCAAAAUGGGAAAUGAGGCAAGUUACCCCCUGGAAAUGUGCUCGCAUUUCGAUGCUGAUGAGAUUAAGCGUCUGGGAAAGAGGUUUAAGAAACUGGACCUUGAUAACUCUGGGUCCCUUAGCGUGGAGGAGUUCAUGUCCCUCCCUGAACUCCAGCAGAACCCGCUGGUCCAGAGGGUCAUCGACAUCUUCGACACCGAUGGAAACGGAGAGGUGGACUUCAAGGAAUUCAUUGAGGGAGUCUCACAAUUCAGUGUCAAGGGUGACAAGGAGUCAAAACUUCGGUUUGCCUUCCGGAUCUACGACAUGGACAAGGAUGGCUACAUCUCCAACGGAGAGCUCUUCCAGGUGCUGAAGAUGAUGGUAGGAAACAACCUGAAGGACACCCAGCUGCAGCAGAUCGUGGACAAGACCAUCAUCAACGCAGACAAGGACGGAGACGGCAGGAUAUCCUUCGAAGAGUUCUGUUUAGUGGUGGGUGGCCUUGACAUACACAAAAAGAUGGUGGUAGACGUGUGAGCAUGUCCCUCCGCUCCUCUCCCUCCCCUCGCUUUCUUCUCCAUCGGUCUCUGAAGAUCUGCUCAAGACGUCUGGCAAACACUUGGUGUAUCAAUGGAAGUAUUCUCUCUCCCCGUGAAGCCACUUCUUAUUCCCUAAACAAGCCACAAGCUUCGCGAAGCCAAUUUAGUUGUGUUAUUGAACUCCAAUCCUCUCGAUAACCUGAAGGACAGCUAUUUUUUGUUUGUAAGAGCAUCCCAGUUUGAGGGAGGGAGGGGAAAGGUUGGCUUGAUUAUAUUUUGUCAACAUUUCCUUUUUUGUAAUGUUAUUAUUUUUUUUUUAAAUAUUUAUUUUUGUUCUGGUUCUUUUUUUUAAAUAGACAAGUAUAUCUAUAAAUGUUUAUUUAGUGGGGAAAUGUGUCAUUAUCUGAGGUGUUGCGUUUAAAUAAUAUACUUGAUUUGGGUUACAAUUCAAAACGUAGGGUAUAAAGUGCCAACCAGGACAUAUGGUAUUGUUAUCAUUAAGUAUCCACCAUUGCGGUCAGUGAUGGACUGGUCUGUGAUGAGUCAAACGUACGCUGCAAGAUCACUAAUGGUUAGAUGCUAAUUUCAUUUUCUAAAAUAAACAGCAGUUUCUUUUGCACUAUUUGACUCUUGAGCAGGUUGGAUUAGAUCAAUUAAGACAUUUGACUCUUGAGCAGGUUGGAUUAGAUCAAUUAAGACAUUUGACUCUUGAGCAGGUUGGAUUAGAUCAAUUAAGACAUUUGACUCUUGAGCAGGUUGGAUUAGAUCAAUUAAGACAUUUGACUCUUGAGCAGGUUGGAUUAGAUCAAUUAAGACAUUUGACUCUUGAGCAGGUUGGAUUAGAUCAAUUAAGACAUUUGACUCUUGAGCAGGUUGGAUUAGAUCAAUUAAGACAUUUGACUCUUGAGCAGGUUGGAUUAGAUCAAUUAAGACAUUUGACUCCUGAGCAGGUUGGAUUAGAUCAAUUAAGACAUUUGACUCCUGAGCAGGUUGGAUUAGAUCAAUUAAGACAUUUGACUCUUGAGCAGGUUGGAUUAGAUCAAUUAAGACAUUUGACUCUUGAGCAGGUUGGAUUAGAUCAAUUAAGACAUUUGACUCUUGAGCAGGUUGGAUUAGAUCAAUUAAGACAUUUGACUCUUGAGCAGGUUGGAUUAGAUCAAUUAAGACAUUUGACUCUUGAGCAGGUUGGAUUAGAUCAAUUAAGACAUUUGACUCUUGAGCAGGUUGGAUUAGAUCAAUUAAGACAUUUGACUCUGAGCAGGUUGGAUUAGAUCAAUUAAGACAUUUGACUCUUGAGCAGGUUGGAUUAGAUCAAUUAAGACAUUUGACUCCUGAGCAGGUUGGAUUAGAUCAAUUAAACUUCCGAUCACAUUAAACAUACAAUACCUGUUGGAAGUUUAGAGUGAUGGUUUUAUUAUGUUUAUACUUUGAGAUUAUUAUUCUAAGCGUAGAGAUAGACGCCAAGAAAGUGAUGUCUUUGCGUCUUUAUUUGUAUUGGACUUACUUUAACGACACGUUUUUACGUUGAACCAUAUGACAAUCCCCCAAUGCAAAGUAAAUGGGCGGCAGGUAGCCUAGCAGUCAGAGGCGAGCCAGCAACCGGAGGGUUUGCUAGUUUGAAUCCCGGGUCCGACGGGAAAAAAUCUGAAGGAAGUGAGCUGGUAACCAGAGGGUUGCUGCUGGUGUCAAAUCCUAGAUGGCAUAACCUGCCGUUGUACCCUUGAGCAAGACCCUUAACCCUAGAUGGCCCCCCCCCCCCCCCCCCCCACAGCAACUGCUCCAUGGGUGCCGUAGUGUGGCAGCGUCCCCUGCUCUAACCUGUGUGUGUAUGUGUCUUGGGAUAAAGUCAAAUGUUCUGUUGCACCUUGUGUACAAUUGAACGAAUAAAAGGAUCUUAUACAGCUUGAUCACUCAAAUUAAAAAAAAAUAAAAAAAUCUUUAACAUGGACCAUCUAAGUAUUUUAUUAUAUUAUAUCUUAAACUGAGGAAUAUCCUAAAAUAUCGAGAUGAGAAAGAUUUUAUGAAUGUCAGUGAGUUUGAGGGAAUAUAGAAUGUUAGAGACUCAACUGCAGGCAGCAUAGUGACUGUAUAUUAGGUCAAUGUUUGCUCAUCUUAGUAGAGAGGCUGCAGCAGCCAAUGUCAACCCCCCCCCCCAAAUCAAUAGUGCAUUUACAGUACAGGGUUCUUUCUAAUGCAACAACGGAGUUACUCGUAAACGUUUGACAUGAUCAAUGGACAUACGGUACAUUUGAGAUCGUACAUUAGAAAGUGCAGAUUUAAGAACCUAUCACGAUCGCCUCAUCGGUCCUCUCCCUCCGUGGUAUUCACAGUAGGGAGACUUGACACAAGUUUAAGGUGAAAUGGGCAUCCUGAGAAUAUAAUUGUAACAAAAAUGGCGGCGGGUUGUAUUUUAAUGAUUUGAUAGUUGGUUUGGAAACCAUUGUUUUUAGUGAGACGUGUCAAAUGCCUCCCUGCAUAGUGUACUACUUUUUAACCAGGGCCCAUAGCUCAGGUCAAAAUGAGUGCAUCAUAUAGGGCACUGUAAGUGGCUUUUCUUGGGCCUCCUAAGUUUGCAUGAUGAUUUUCCUUGUGCAUGUAGAUGAUCCAUUUAAAUAAUCCUUGUUAAAACACGUGAAUAGUGAGGUUAGUAACAACGAUAUUUAAUAAUCUACUGGGAAACAUUAGAUUUUGUCCUAACCUUGUUAAAUGUUGACAUUAUGGAGCAGUAAGCCAAACGAACUGAACUAAACUUUGUAUCCCCCCCCGGAUCAGCGCAAUGAGGAUUCUAUUCCUGGUCCCAAAGUCAACUGCCACUCACUGUACUCAACACGGUUUUGUAUAGAAGCUUUCCAUUCCGUUAUCUAUAUAGUUCAGAUUUUACUUCCGCAAGUACUACUUUCUCUAUUUUCUUUGAAGGGGACUCGGGGGCUCUUUUAGUUUUGUGUGGAAACUGAAACGGUUAAGUUUGACUAAUAGUUAUUUUCCCCUUUCUCUGCAUGGUGCAUCUGAUGCUGUGGGACUGUUGGAAACUUGAUAUUGUAUGAAAAUUAUAAAAAAAACAUUAAAAAAAAACACUUUGAAACAUUUUAA